AUGGCAACCAUGAACUCCAGUGUGCUGGCCUGCAACUAUGCCAUCCCCUCCUCCUCUGGCGUUUCAUCCCCAGAGCUCACCUCAAAGUUUGCUCCAUUGCCAUCCCCAUCUGGCCAGAGGUGGCCUGUCAUCAGGGCUCAGCAGGCCAGGUUUCCUGAUUCCAAGGAAACAAACAGGAUUAAUGCUGCCAGCCAAGGAAGAAGGGCUGCACUGCUUGGCCUUGCAGCCGCGUCCUUGGCGGCCGUCGCCUCAACCUCCUCCGCCAACGCCGGUGUCAUCGAAGAGUACCUUGAAAAGAGCAAAGUCAACAAGGAAUUGAAUGACAAGAAGAGGUUGGCCACAAGCGGAGCAAACUUUGCAAGGGCAUUCACUGUUGAGUUCGGCUCAUGCAAGUUCCCUCAGAACUUCACUGGCUGCCAAGAUCUUGCAAAGCAAAAGAAAGUGAAGUUUCUUUCGGAGGAUAUAGAGUUGGAGUGCCAAGGGAAGGACAAAUUCAAGUGUGGUUCCAAUGUGUUUUGGAAAUGGUGAAGUCACUAAUCUUUGUGCCAACAUGUACUUAAAUCUUUAUUUCAUUCACCACUUUUGAUCAA